UGGCGCCGCCCAUGCCCGGCACCGUCCACCAGGUCCACCAGGUCCACCACCGCGCGCGGCCGCAGCAGCACGCCGAGCGCGACGCCUACCCGGACACCUACCCCGGCCAGUACGAGUUCAACCUGCCGCCAGUGCACCGGAAGCCGCCGCCGCCCGUGCCGCCCUACCCCGGCACCGAGCACCUCUACAACUACCCCGCCGACACGAUGCUGGUGAAGGAGGUGCCGCUGCCCCCCGGCGGGCCCCCCGGCUCGGCGCUGGGAGGCCCCGCGGGGGGCGCGGCCAUCGUGGUGCGCGCCGAGGAGGCGCUGCUCGUGCUGCUGGUGCUCGUGCUGUGGGUGGCCGCCAUCGCCCUCUUCUUCAACCGCUGGGGCAAGAUCCGCAUGCUGGAGCCGUACCAGCCCAAGUUCCAGCAGCACCGCCAGAGCUGCGCCCUCGUCGACAUCUCCGGCACCACGCAGCACCACCGCCUGUCCAAGCUGAACCUGCACUCGUUGGGGGAGCCGGUGAUGCUGACGGGGCCGCCCGGCCCCGCGGCGCGCGCCCAGCUGCUGCGGCCCAGGCAGAACUCGGUGUUCGUCGGCGCGUCCCCCACCAUGCUGACCGCGCUGCAUAACCCGCCCAGGAAGGUCAAGUCCGCCAUGGACCUGCAGACGCUGGUGCUGUCGGAGCACGAGCCCGGCAUCGGGCCGAUCGGCGGCGCGUCCAGCGCCUCCAUGCUGCCCACCAUGAGCUCCCUGGGUGCGGGCGGCGCCAGCCCCAGCAUGCGGCGCGCCUCCCACGUCCCCGUGGGCUCGGUGCCGCUGGGCGCCGUCCGCCACCACGCGUCCUUCUCGCACGCCUCCUUCUCGGAGCAGCCGUCCUGCUCGCACCACCACACGCUGCGCGCGCCGGGCUGCACCAUGACCACCACGGCCUCGGUGGCGGGGCCGAGCAGCGAGCGCGCCGAGCGCGCGGCGGAGCGGCUCGCCAGCAUGGACAGGUACAGCCACGGCUCCAACGUCUGACACAGGCCUUCGCACUACUGGUCCCAGGCCUUCAUCAACCAGGUGCGCAGGCAGUCGGCCGUUGUAUAGCGCAGGGACUAUUGGACGGAUGACUCGGUCGAGCUGAGUGAGCGGCGCUCGUCCGCCUACGUGUAGGGCGGCAGCGUGGCGGGCGUGGCGGCAUCGGGGCGAGAGGGCGACAACCACGGCCACACCGGGCCAGUCUGGCCGGCCAAGUUUUCGCGCCGCCUUCCUGAUUCCCCGGAACAUGCAAGUCAAUGCGGCCCUGGAGGAGACAGCAGCCAACCACGUCGUUUGCUAGUCGUCUGCAUAUGCAGCGCGGAAUAAAUCAUUUUAUAUCCCCGCCCCGCCCGCCG